AUGGAUGAUGUUGGCGCAGGGUCCGUUAGUUCAUCAUUAUCACAACUUAAUUUAAAUAAGAACGAUGAUGAAAAGAACUUCGAGACAUUUGCAUUGAUAUGGUGCGAUUUAAACGCUACUAAGGCGGAAGAUAAACUGCAGAUACAGGUACAACUGAGAAAAGCGAUGAAUUAUAUUAAAACAUUUGAUAAUGUUAAAAAUUGUGAACACUGGUUACGAUGUCGACAAGUCACCUCUAGUUGUGAGAAAUUUAUUUUAAUCGUAUCCGAUAACUGUGGACAUGAAAUUAUACCACAAGUCUAUGAAUUACCACAGUUGGUUGCAAUUUACGUUUUUUGCAUUAACAAGGAAAAUAACGAAAACUGGAACGAAAGAUAUGAGAAAGUACAAGCUGUUUUAACAGAUGCAAGUCAGUUGAUAUUGUUAAUUAAAUCUAAUCAAUAUAAACUUGAAAAAUUGGACGAUGUGACAUCUCUACCAAUGUCAAUUUAUAAUAUUUCUUCCGCGAAAGAAAACUCGUCGACUGGUGUAAACGGGAAUUUUUUAUGGUUUCAGUUGUUCAUUGAAGUGUUACUUCGUAUACAACAUAGUGCUGAAGAUCGACAAGACUUAGUUGAACUUUGUAAAAAGACACACGUUGGUAAUACAAGUCAAAUACAAUUAAUUGACGAAUUUGAACUUACGUAUUCGCCAUCAAAUGCAUUGUGGUGGUAUACUAGAGAAAGUUGUUUGUAUAAAAUAUUAAAUAAAGCAUUAAGAUGUCAAGAUAUUGAUACACUGAUUGCAUUUCGGUCGUUCAUUACUGACUUAUAUCAUCAAUUACAACGUCUUCAGGGCAUCAGCGAUGGUCAUUCACCAUCGUCUAUAACCCGUGCAUAUCGUGCACAAUUAAUGUCAUCUGAAGAACUAGAUCGAAUAAGAUCAUCCAUUGGAAGCUAUAUUUCAAUGAAUAGUUUUCUAUCUUGUACACUUAGUCGAGAAAUAGCACUAUUUAUAAUCUCAUCCACAUCUAUUCAGAUAAGUAAUAUUUUGGAGGCCGUACUAUUUGAAAUCGAAAUUGAUCCAUUAUUAGAAGGUACAAAACCUCAUGCUGAUAUUUCUUCGGAAAGUUAUUUUCAAAAUGAAAAGGAAGUGUUGUUUAUGCUUGGAUCGAUCUUUAAAAUUCAUAGUAUUACAGAAACAGACAAUAUUUGGACCGUAAAACUUUUACUGUCUAGUGAGAAUGAUCAUCAAUUAAAUGAACUUUCCAAUUAUUUAAAAAAUAAAAUUGAAGAUGAACCAGUUUUUCUUUCGCUUGGUAAUAUUUUAUCUGAUAUGAAUGAAUGGCAAAAAGCAUCAAAAUAUUAUCAAUACCAAUUGCAGCAAUUAAAUGAUAAAAAUUCUUAUUCAGCUGGACGUUGUUAUAGAGGCCUGGGAAAUAUUGCUUAUGAGACAGGAAAUUAUGAUCUGGGUAUUAUAUAUGACGAAAAAGCAUUAAAAAUUUUUCUGUCAUUAUCGAAUGUUGAUAAAGCAAUAUCUAUCUGUUAUAAUAAUCUUGGCCUUGGAUUCCAACAUAAAAAAGACUAUGAAAAAGCAUUAGAAUAUUAUAAUAAAUGUCUGGAAAUUGAUAAAAGAAUUUGUGGACCUGAAAGCAUUGAAGUAGCAAUAUCAUAUAAUAAUAUUGGUUAUCUGUACUAUAAUCAAGAGAAAAUUGAUAAUGCUUUAGUGUUUUACAAUCGUGCAUUAGAAAUUCGAGAAAAAUAUUUACCUUCAGAUCAUUAUGCAUUAGCUAGAACAUAUGUAAACAUCGGUACUGUCUAUCACAAACAGAAAGAAUAUGAAAAAGCAUUAUCGUGCUUUCAAAAAAGUUUAGAUAUAUUUAUUAAGUCGCGUAGAGAAAUGCAUAUUGAAAUGGCUGUUAUAUAUUGUAAUUUUGGUAUUACUUAUGAGGCUACUUCAAAACUUGAGUUGGCGUUAGAUUACCUUUUAAAAGCUGAUCAAAUAUACCGGUAUUCGUUGCCCUCAACACAUCCAAAUGUUAUCGAAAAUCAAGAACAUUUAGAAACUGUUAAUCAAAAAUUAAAGUGUAAGUUCUGA